AUGUCAGAACAAAAAUUGCAGAAAGUUCUCCUGGUAUUUGACUUUGACCACACACUGAUUGAUGAAAAUAGUGAUGAGUAUGUGACUAGGCUUGCCCCUGGGGGGCAACUGCCUGAGGAGAUCAAGAACCUGUAUGAAGAGGAUGGCUGGACUGAUUAUAUGGCGGAGAUCUUCAGGUAUCUUCACAAGAAUGGUUGCACUCCUGACAGUAUGUUGUCCUUUAUGUCAAAUAUCCCUCUGACCCAAGGCAUUAAGGAGCUUCUAGAUGUUACAUCUGCAAAUGAAUCCUUUGACCACAUCAUCAUUUCAGAUUCAAAUUCAAUGUUUAUUCAGCAUCUUCUCCAGGUCCUGGGGCUGACUUCGGUGAUCAAUGAGGUCUUUACAAAUCCAGCUGAAUUCGAUGAGAAAGGUUGUCUGACUAUCAAACGAUACCACACUCAGGACUGGUGCACACUCAGCACUGUCAAUCUUUGUAAAGGUCAUAUUUUGAAAACCUUUAUUGAGAAGAAAGAAUCAGAAGGAGUUGCUUAUGGCCAUAUCAUUUAUGUUGGAGACGGGUACAAUGAUCUUUGUCCAGGCUUGACUUUGAGACCUCAAGAUGCCCUUAUGCCGAGGGUUGGGUUCAAGUUGCUCAAGUUAAUAGAGAGAAUGGCAAAUAAAAAUAAGCCAGUCAAAAGGUCUGAGCUAAAAGCUACAGUUGUGCCUUGGGAAACUGGCCUAGACAUACUGAAACAUAUAAAAAGUUUAGGAUAUUAG